AUGAGUAAGCUAUUCUUUUAAGAUUUCUUAUCAUCUAGAACAAGAUCUAUGUAAGAGAGGAAGAAGAUUGUUAAAACACAACAAGAAAUAGAACGAAUAAGCGAAAGAAAAAUUAGUGAAACAUUAAAAUCUAACGAACAUAUGGUUGACGAGUUAAGACUUUACAAAAUGAAAUUAGAGAAAUAGGUUCAAGAGUAUUAAUAAAAAAAUUUAGAAUUGGUUGAGAAGGUAUCAUAUUUAGAAGUGCAGAAUACGACAUUGCAAUAUGAAUUGGAAACAUCUCGACUCAAAUUAGAAACAAUAGCGAAUACACAAUAGUCAUCAUAAACAUAAUAAAUCAAUAUAUUGAAAGAAUAGGUAGAUUCAUUAAUUAAAUAUAAAACUGAGAAUGAAUCUUACAAGGUAUAAGUAGGAACAUUGAAAAAUGAGAAUCAAAACUUUUAGAAGGAGAUUAAAGAAUUAAUAGAAACAAAUGCCUCCAUGAAAUCCUAAUAUUAGAGUAUAAUGAAGGAGAAUAAGAGAUGUUAAUAGUAGUUGGGCACUAGUUAAAAUGAAUUCUACAAAUUAUCUGAAAAGUUCAAUCAAUUCGAAUCUAUGUAUCACAGUAAAAUCAAAUAUUAUGAGGAGCUACAGAAAUAGUUUGAGUUAGAAUAGUAAAGAGAGAAGUUUCAAUAUUAAGAAUUGGUUAGAGAAUUGCACUUAUUGGAGAAUGAAAAUUAAUAAUUAUACAAAUAGUUAUAAAUUACUUAAUUUGAAAAAGAAGAGAAAGAUAAAAAGAUAUAAGAUGAAUAAAAUUAAUUAAAAUUAGAAUUAAACAAAAUUUAAGACGAAAAUAAAAUAUUGGAGAAAUCUCAUAGAACUUUAAAAAUAGAAAAAAAGGUUAUUUAUGAUAAUUAGAAUCAUAUCAAAUAGAAAAUUAAUAGGUUAGAAUAAGAAUUAAAUUAGAAAGAGCAAAUAAUAAAAUAAAUGGAAUAAGAGUUAUAGGAAAAGAUUCUAAUAAUUAACUAACUUGAGAACAUUGCUUAUGGAUUAAAGCAGAGUGCAGAAGAAGGGAAAGAAAAUACAAAUUAAACAUUAUUAUAAUAUAAGGAUUUAAUGAAGGAAUGUGACUAAUUGGAGCAACAAAUAGCUAGGUUAGAACAGGAUAAUGAUAUUGUAAAAAAGGAAUAUGAAUAAAUUUUGUAUGAGUUAAAAGAUCUACAACAAGAAAACCGAUAAUUACAAGAAAGAAAUGCUUUACUUAUCAAAGAUAAUUAAUAAAUCUAAAUUGAGAAUACUAAUCUAUAAAUGGAGAUCUAGAAUUUAAAUUAAAGAGUUGUUGAACUAUAGUAAUACGCAGUGGAAUUUUAAAGGGAACUUAAAGAUCAUAUAGAACAACAAAGCAAAAUCAAUUAAUAAAGAUCUUUUUAAAAUUCUCAAUAUUUAUAGAAUUCAGCUACUUUGAGUAAUCAAAGAAAUAGUUACAAUUCAAUACAAAGAGGUACAGAUGAUUCUUAAGCUAUGGGCAAUCAAUCACCAUUAUCUAAUUAGACUACAACAGUGAAUCAAUUAAAAAAGUUAGUUAAAUAACAAUGUGUAGAGGGAAAUCCAAACAUUGGUUAAUAAUCUAUUGAAAAUACGAAAAGACAUUAAGCUAGGACUGAUCAUUUUUCGAAUUCAAGCAAACUCUAAACUGAUAGACAAAUAGAUGAUCACUCUAAAGAAAAUUGUCUAUAAAUCUUACAGGAUAAAUACUAUGCUUUAAGGAACAGAAUUUAUGAAUAAAAAAAAUGA